GCGUCUUUGAGCAAGAUGGGAGUUUACCACAUCUGCAUCUCCACUGGAGACUCCUUGUAUGCAGGGUCCAAUAACCAGGUGCUGCUGUGGCUUGUGGGACAGCAUGGAGAGGCAUCACUAGGGGCACUGCUAAGACCCUGCAGGAACAAGGAGGAGGAAUUCACGGUGAACGUGUCCCAGUACCUUGGAUCACUGCUGUUUGUGAAACUGCAAAAACGGCAUUUUCUUAAGGAUGACGCUUGGUUCUGCAACUGGAUCACUGUGAAGGGCCCUGGGGACCAAGAAAGAGAGUACAGAUUCCCCUGUUACCGCUGGGUGACGGGCAGCAACAUCCUGAGGCUCCCUGAAGGCACAGGUUGCACUGUGACUGAGGACCCUCAAGGCCUGUUCAAGGAACACAGGGAGGAGGAGCUGAAAGAGAGAAGGAGUCUGUACAGGUUUGCAGACUUUGAUAUCAACUUGCCUCGAAAUGCUGUGACUACCUGGAAUGAUCUGGAUGACUUCAAUUGUUUUUACAAGAGUGGCUACAGCAAGCUGGCUGAAAGGGUUCGUGACUCCUGGAAGGAGGAUGCCUUUUUCGGAUACCAGUUUCUCAAUGGCGCCAACCCCAUACUCCUGAGGCGCUCCAAUUGCCUUCCUGACCGCCUAGAGUUUCCUCCAGGCAUGGAAGAGCUGCAGGCCCAGUUAUUGAAGGAGCUCCAGGCAGGCACUCUGUUUGAAGCUGAUUACUCCAUUCUGGAUGGGAUCAAAGCCAAUGUCAUCCUGUGUAGGCAGCAGUACCUCGCUGCCCCUCUGGUCAUGCUGAAGCUACAGCCUGAUGGGCAACUCUUACCCUUGGCCAUCCAGCUUGAGCUGCCAAAAGUCGGAUCCACUCCACCGCCUAUUUUCUUGCCCACGGAUCCCCCAAUGGUCUGGCUCCUCGCCAAAUGCUGGGUCCGCAGCUCUGACUUCCAGCUUCAUGAGCUGCAGUCUCAUCUGCUGAGGGGACACUUGAUGGCUGAGGUCUUUGCUGUGGCCACCAUGAGGUGCCUUCCAUCCCUACACCCUGUCUUCAAGCUUGUGGCUCCUCACCUGCAGUACACCAUGGAAAUUAACGUGCGGGCCAGGAAUGGACUGAUCUCAGAAUGUGGCAUUUUUGAUAGGAUCGUGAGCACAGGUGGGGGAGGCCACCUGCAGCUGAUCAAGAAGGCCGGAGCCCUGCUGACCUACAGCUCUUUCUGCCCUCCUGACGACUUGGCUGAGCGGGGGCUUCUGGACGUUAAGUCUUCCUUCUAUGCCCAAGAUUCACUGAAGCUGUGGGAAAUCACGUAUCGGUAUGUGGAGGGAACCCUCAGUCUCUACUACAAGACAGACGCAGACGUGAGAGAUGACUACGAAUUGCAGAACUGGUGUCGGGAGAUCACGGAAAUUGGGUUGCGAGGGGCCCAGGACCGAGGAUUCCCCACCUCUCUGCAGUCCCGGGCCCAGACUUGCCACUUUGUCACCAUGUGCAUCUUCACCUGCACUGGCCAGCAUGCCUCUGUCCACCUGGGUCAGCUCGAUUGGUGCUUUUGGAUCCCUAACACACCGUGCACCAUGCGACUGCCCCCACCCACCACCAAGGACGCAACAUUGGAGACCCUGAUGGCUACACUGCCCAACCCUGAUCAGGCAAAUCUCCAGGUGAACUUUACCUGGCACCUGGGCAGACGCCAGGCUGUUAUGGUGCCUUUGGGCCAGCAUCGAGAGGAGUACUUUUCAACACCUGAGGCCAAGGCUGUGCUGAAGAAAUUCAGAGAGGAGCUGGCUGUCCUGGAUAAAGAAAUUGAGAUGCGAAACAAAAGCCUAGACAUACCCUAUGAGUACCUGCGGCCCAGCCUGGUGGAGAACAGUGUGGCCAUAUGAGUGUCCCAAGCAUGUGGUGGCUUCAGGGGCAGCAUGACCCUCCUCUCAGCGUGCAGCCCUUCCCCCACACCCUGCCUUCUUCCCACGGCCCCUCCCCCAGGAGCCACUUCCCCAUAGUGUGUGGAACCCUUGACUGCAGAAGGAUGGCUGGGGGUUCUGCUUCCUCCUCCACCACCAUCCUUUCUUCUUUUCCCUCCUUCUCUUCUCCCUUAGGUCUAAUAGGCAUAUUUAGAAAAUAAGUCUUUCAAGAAUAAAGUAGGGUGAUAGUAUAUAUUGUCCCACACCUGUAGGAAUCAAAAUAGAUACUGAAUCUUAAUUGAUUGUAAGAAAGAUAUUUAGGCUCAGGAUGAAAAGAGCAUAGGCCAAAUAUCUUAAAUAAAAUGUUUGCAUCAAAA